AUGUUCUUCCAGUACAGAUCAGUUUUUACAAGCAUCCUUGUGCUUACGCAAACACUACAUGCCUCCGUUCAGGCAAGUCCCCUCGUAGAGAAGAAUGCGCAAGCCCUCGCUCUCCAAGCACGCAACAAGUCUUGUCAAAUCAGUCUCACUCCAAACACUGCCGAUAUCGCUAACACCUCCUACGUAAACCUCGUACGAACUGCCAAGCUACCUUCAGGAAGGACUUAUCGCUAUGUCUUCUCUCCGCCAGCGGAAUCCGACAAACCCUACCUUCUUUUCCUACAUGGCUUUCCGGACUCAUCUUAUGGGUGGGCGAACCAGAUUGAGUAUUUCACGCGACAUGGCUAUGGUGUAAUUGCACCAGAUAUGCUAGGCUAUGGCGGUACAGACAGUCCAGAUGACUUGAAAAGUUACAGACUGAAGAGCAUCAAUUCCGAAAUGAUAGAGCUAUUCGAUUGCGAGGGAGUAGACCGUGUUGUCGCUACAGGCCAUGACUUCGGAACUGCAAUACUCAGUACACUCUAUUAUUACAACCCCGACCGCUUGCUUGCGCUCGCCUACCUGACUCUGGGUUAUACUGCUCCCGGGGCUAAUCUUCGAUUAGCAGAAAUCGAAGCUUUGAACAACCAGACAAAUUCUCUCUUCGGAUAUCCUAUCUUCGGAUACUUCAUUUAUCAUAUCACCGAAGAGGCAGCCGCAGCCUACGAUGAUCACCUUGAUUCUGCUUACAGUCUCUGGUUCACGAACAACGCGACCUACCAGAAGGAAUACCUUGCGCCGCUGAAUGAAUUGGAACGUUGGCUUUCUGAAGAUAGGAGAGCACCAUAUGGCGGCGUAUACAUCACCGACGUAGUCAAAGAACAGUGGAAAGCGAUUGUCAGGGCCCAGGGUGGUCUUGCCGGAGGUUUGCGAUGGUACAAGUCACUGUUAUCUGGCGUGAACCAAGACGAUGCAGCAGCAUUGCAGUCAGUGUCGCCGAUAAUCACUAAACCUACUUUGGUGGUUACUUCUAAUCGUGAUCCGGUGUGUCUUCCGAGUAUAGCGUUGAACAAUACGCUUCCGUAUGCACCUUUCGCACGGCCAAGAACGCUGGAUUCCGGACAUUUUGUUCAGCUGGAGAAAGCUGAUGAGUUGAACUACGAAUUGCAUCAGUUUGUCAAAUCCUUGGCCUAA